AUUAUUUACUCAUAAUAAAUAAGUUAUAAAUAUAUUGAGACAGUCUGAAGGACGAUCCCCAAAACUGAGCUUAAAUUUGAUGGAGGGAGCCAGCCACCUGUGGAGUGGAACCCAAACCAAGUUGUUCCUUAGGCUCUGACUCUACCCUUAGGUGACCCAUUCCGUAUGGUCUUGCAGUGACAAACUUGGAGCAGAGUGACAGAGCCAGCUGACUUUGUUAAAGCAUUGUGCUUCAGUUGUCCCUUCUUGCAAAAUGGUGAUAAUGUUGCUUGCUCUAGUUAUCUUUAUAGGGUAAAGAUAAAAUUAAAUCCUGUAUUCUCUACUUAAAGAAGCGCUUUUAGGAAGUUCCCCUGUGGCUCAGCGGGUUAAGGAUCCCGAGCAGGCUGCAACUGCCGGUCAGGUUCGACCCCCGGCCCAGGAACUUCUACAUGCUGCGAUUGUGGCCAAGCGCUUUUAAAAGGUAAAAAAUGCCACGCGAAUGCAAAAUAGAGGUUUGAUUAUUGUUAGACUCCAAAUCAAGCCUGAAGUGACUUUAGCAUUUGUCUCUGGCUCCCACAGGGCUGUCACUCUGGGCAGUUCUAGCUUCUUCCUUCUCCCAAUCUCCUUCUCCCCGAAGCAUCCACCAGAGGACGCAGCUUCCCCCAAACUUUCCACUCUGCUUGGCUAGAGAAACUCAGUCCACGUUUUCCUGCUACUCCGGGCCCGCAGUUAAAUCACUGCAGCCCCAGACUAAGCUGUCCGUUACCAUGGGAACGGAAAGCCAUGACGUCACCAUUGUCUGGGAAAGUGGAUGGCUGCCCCCCGCGCGUGUCCGAACUACCACGCCGGCGACCACGCGUGAGCACGCAGAAGGCCCAAACCUCCCACCAUACCCCUCAGAACUUUCCCCGAACUCCUCCUUGCCUCUAUCCCCAAGGAAGUCAAGUCAGUCAAAUAACGAGGCUCAGACUGUCCCAAACCCGCCGGGGCCCCUCGGAUCACACCCGCACGCUAGAAUCCUGCUUCUGGGCCGCGGUUUCCCUCGGACCCCGCCCCGCUCCUCGGGCCCCGCCCCCCGGCAGCGCGGGAGGGAGGCGGGGCCGGGGGCGCGGCCGCCGGGCUGGGGGCGGGGCGGAGGGGGGGCCGCGGCCCCGGGCGGGGGCUCGGCGCGGGCCCGGGAGAUGCCGGUGUCGGCGGCCCGAGCGGCUGCAGCUGCAGCGGCGGGGGAGGCGGCAGCGGGGCCAGGGAGGGGGGCUGCGCAGGGGGCCGGCGCGUAG